AUGCCUAACUCUUUUGAUCACAUAUUCGAUCAUAUAUCAAGGUCCAAAGAUGCUCAGUACCUCGUGCGCGCCAGUUAUUUGGAGAUUUAUAAGGAAGAAAUACGCGAUCUGCUUCACCGAGACCAGUCAAAACAUUUAGAAAUUAAAGAAAAACCUGAUAGCGGAAUUUACGUGAAGGAUCUUUCUUCUGUUCUUACUAAGAAUAUAAGUGAAAUUCAGAAGGUUAUGAAUAUUGGUUACCAAAAUCGUGCAGUGGGGGCCACAAACAUGAAUGAACACAGUUCAAGGUCACAUGCUAUUUUCAUUGUAACCAUUGAAUGCUGUAAGAUUGGUGCAGAUAAUGAAAAUCAUAUAUGCGUUGGUAAAUUAAAUCUCGUCGACUUAGCAGGUAGUGAACGUCAGUCAAAAACUUUAUCAGAGGGGGAACGUUUAAAAGAAGCCACAAAAAUUAAUUUAAGUCUUUCUACUCUGGGGAAUGUAAUCUCUUCUUUAGUGGACGGUAAAAGUACACAUAUACCCUAUCGUGAUUCAAAACUUACUCGUUUACUUCAAGACUCUUUAGGAGGAAAUUCAAAGACAAUUAUGGUUGCAAAUAUUGGGCCGGCUACCUAUAAUUACGAAGAAACCAUUAAUACACUGAGAUAUGCUAAUCGUGCAAAAAAUAUUAAAAACAGACCAAAAAUAAAUGAGGAUCCCAAAGAUGCUUUGUUGAGAGAAUAUCAACAAGAAAUUGAUAGGCUUAAAUCAUUAUUAAGAAGUCGUAAUACUUCUUCUAUUCCUAAACAGCUUCAAAAACACAAUGGAAGACAAAAAUCUCAAAGGAAACAAAGUCUAAAUGAUGGAGGUGAAGUUGAUGAUAGUUUCGAAAAUGAAGAAAGUAAUAAAGAAGAUGCUUCAAUAAGCCUGGAAAGUUAUAUAAAAGAACAACAAACAAAAUUAUCAGCAGAAAGGGAUGCAAUUCUAAAUGAUCAUUCAUUGGUUUCAGAAGAAAAGUCUCGUUUACUGAAUGAACUGAAGUUAAAGGAAAUUAAACUUCAAGAAGAACAAGCGAAAACGCAACAAUUAGAGUGUAAAUUGAAAGCUAUGGAGAGUAAAUUACUUCGUGGGGAUCAGUCAAUUGUAGAGCAUACUCGUAUACAAGAAAUGACUUUGGCUCAGCAAAGAACACAAAUGGCUGAACAAAGACGUCGUGAACGUGAAAUAGUAGCUCGUAUGGAGGAAGAAGAAGGGAGUAUGGCUAAUUUACAGGAAGGUUUUACAUCAUUGAAGCAAGAAGUUGAAGUAAAUACUAGAAAGUUAAAGAAAUUAUUUGAAAAAUUACAGGAAAUAAAACAAGAAACUAUUGAUAUGCAAGAAGAACAUACUGUUGAACGUCAAGAACAUGAAAAAAUUCAAGAUCAAUUAACACGUGAAGUCAAGUUACAGAUAAUUAUCCUAGAAAACUUUAUUCCAAUACAAGAAAAGUCAAAAUUAGAGAAACGAAUAUUUUUUAAUGAAGAAACUGAAAAAUGGCAAUUAAAACCACUUUUUCAAUCUUCUUAUGAUGAUGUAAAUGUCAACAUUUCAUCCUUGGAGUAUAUUAGUCAGUCACUUAGUGAAGUAUUGAGAAAUAAAAAAAACAUUUGUCGAUGUGCACGUAUGGAUUCGAAACAUAAUCCCAAUCCUAGAUUCCGAAGUGAACAACUAUUAUCCUUGGAUAUGGAUUUACCGGGACGGACUACAAAAGAUUAUGAACCACCACAGUUGGCACCACAAGUUGUGGCUGCAUUGCAAGCUGCCCUACAAGAUGAAGAAGAUUUGGAAUUAGAUGGCAGUCCAUCCCUAUUUAAAUCUCCUCCAGUUAGACUGAAGCGAUCUGAUAAACGUUCACGUGGUGCGACUCAGAAGGAUUCUAGCCAUGUGUUUCCUGAAUCUAAAGGACUUAUACCAAAGUAA